CUCUGGCAGCCGUCACAACACCGAGCCACCACCUGAGCUGACAGCUUAGCUUAGCAGCUCCUAGCCGAAGCUCUGCCGUCGCGUCUGGCCGGGGUGGGUUAUGUUUCCCGGCACCAGCACCGUACGCGGAGGUUUGUGCACCACCAGCUCAUGGCGGCCGAAAUUCAGCCCCAACCGCAGGCUCGGAAGCCAUGUCUGCUGAGCAAAAUCGAGGCUUUCCAAGAGGUUGUGAGCACGGCGGUCAUCAUCCCCAAAGAAGACGGCGUUAUCAGCGUGUCUGAGGACAGGACGAUUCGAGUAUGGCUGAAGAGAGACAGCGGUCAGUACUGGCCCAGUGUCUACCACACAAUGCCAUCGUCGUGCUCCUGUAUGUCCUUUAACCCAGAAACCAGGAGGCUGUCAGUGGGGAUGGACACUGGAAGUAUCUGUGAGUUCAUCCUGUCAGAAGACUACAACAAGAUUACCCCAGCACGUACCUACCAGGCCCACCAGGGCAGAGUUACAGUGGUGCUGUUUGUCUUGGAGAUGGAGUGGCUUCUGAGCACCGGCCAGGACAAAAACUUCACCUGGCACUGCUCAGAGAGUGGCCAGCAGCUGGGGACAUAUCGCACCGCUGCCUGGGUUUCUGGACUACAGUUCGAUGUGGAGACCAGACAUGCCUUUGUCGGGGACCAGUCUGGUCAGGUGACCAUCCUGAAGCUGGAGCAGGACAGCUGCAGCCUGGUCACCACCUUCAAGGGACACACUGGUAGUGUGACAGCGCUGUGUUGGGACCCGGCCCAGAGGGUACUGUUCUCCGGCAGCUCAGACCAUUCCAUCAUCAUGUGGGACAUCGGAGGGCGUAAAGGCACCGCCAUCGAACUGCAAGGACACAAUGACAAGGUUCAGGGCUUGUGCUACGCCUCACAUACUCGUCAGCUCAUCUCCUGCAGCUCAGAUGGAGGCAUCGUCAUCUGGAACAUGGAUGUAACACGACAAGAGACCCCAGAGUGGCUGGACAGUGACUCCUGUCAGAAGUGUGAGCAGCCUUUCUUCUGGAAUUUCAAACAGAUGUGGGACAGUAAGAAGAUCGGCCUUCGACAGCACCACUGCAGGAAGUGUGGCCAAGCAGUGUGUGGCAAAUGUUCGGCCAAACGCUCCACCAUCCCCCUCAUGGGCUUCGAGUUCGAGGUGCGUGUGUGUGACAGCUGCCACGAGUCCAUCACCGACGAGGAUCGAGCGCCCACAGCCACCUUCCACGACAGCAAGCACAACAUUGUUUACAUGCACUAUGAGCCCACCACUGGAAAUCUGCUCACCUCUGGCACCAACAAGGUUAUCAAGCUGUGGGACAUGACUCCUGUGGUGUCCUGAGGUUCGUGGACGAGGACGACCAGCAGUGCGCAGGAACCUCUGUUCACCGAACUGUGAGGGUUUAGUGGCGACAGCCGCACUUGGAAGAGAAAUAUUGAAGCAUAUCCAACAAUAUCGAUGUCAUUUGGAUAAUAUUUAACAGUUAUUCAACAACAAGCAGUGGCUGUUGCGCGUUCGCAGCGAGGACACUGCAGGCCAGUGAAGCCUGGGAACAGGACAGGCCUUGGUUGACACAAGGUUACGGACGGUGGUGGGUGUUUGUUUGUGUGGAGGGUGCUGGUGGGUGGGGAUCUCUCAGCGUGUUUAUGUGUGUGUCUGUAUUGUGUAUGAGCGUGUGGGAGGCAGUGAGGCAUUUGACUUUGUAAGCAAUCGACACACAUUAUUUAUUUUAGUGCAUUGCUUGCCACGUUUCAUACUGGAAACGCAGACAGCAGUAACUCAGAAGUUUCUGCUCUGUGGUCAGCGGGUACCCUCAGACCAAACUUUACAUUUUCUAAGAUGUGCAGCACCUCAUGGAACUGGACCGUAACUCACUCACAGAUUUAAAUUCGUGUUUAGCAGGCUGCGGAUUCUCCACAAAUGAGCCGUUUAAUCAUUGAGAAAACAGAUUUACACCUGCCAACCUGCACCACCUACAGUCUCUGCUUAGGCUGCUGUCCCUCACAUCAACCACUAGAGGGGAGAGUUAUCCUUCUGGGCAGAAGGUUGUGUAUGGUUUUCAUUUUGACACAGUACUUUAGUUUCUACAGUGGGUCAGGUGUGUAUGCACAGUAUCAGAAUAUGUUUCUUUUUUUUUCUUUUGUGUGUGUGUGAGUGGCUGCUCGACCAAAUGAUCUCUCCACUGUGCGCUACAGAUGAAAUGGGUUUCAAUCAAACCUCUUAACCUCUAAAAGCUGGUCCAUGAUUACAAACUCGUGAUUAUAAACUCGCUCUGCAGCCACCGAGCUUCAAUUUAAAUUCUAAUAUGGAUCUUAAAAUUUCCAAAGACACAAAACACAGAACGUGAGACUAAAAUUUUGAGAAAAUGUACAUAAAUUUAUGCUAAUUACCGGUAAACUGCGGUAAACAGCUGCAGGAACCCUGGCAUCUUUGGUUUGAAUUUUACCCCCAGUGUUACAUCAUAAAGCUUCAGUAUCAUGUUGGAACAGGCAGAUACACAAUUUAUCUGUAAUACUGUUGUACAUUUUUCUCAAUUUACAGUUCAAGCAGGAAAUCAUACAUUUAGGUCAUUGCUAUGGACACUGAUGAGAUUACAGACCCUUGCCAUGGUGGUUUAAGCACACAGAGUGUGAAUCCACAGAAGUGCAGUGUACACCUGUCAGGCUUUGUCACCUGUAAAUUAACCAAUCAGACUGCUUGCUGAGCUUUGAAAACAAUAUUUUCUAUGUUCUGUCCUGUCAUCAGUGGAGCCGUUUUGAGAUUAUUUAUUAUUACAAGUGUGGUCUAAAUAUUUCUGACAUGUAAAUACACAUAUCAUUAAACUAAUCAGAGGCAGCAUGUGAGUACUCUACAUUAGGGCUGAACGAUUUUAGGAAAAGAUCUAAUUGCAAUUUUUCUGGCAGGUAUUGCGAUUUCGAUUUGAUUCACGAUUUCCUUCGAGCUUCAGUGCAAUAUUCACAAUGUACAGUAAACAUGACAGGAAAUUACAUCAUACCACAACAUUAAAUGCCAUUACUCUAAUGCAAGUAUUAAAACUAAACUUAAGAAUUGAUUUCAAAUGUAUUAACAAGAAACGUGCAUGUACAUUCUAUAAAGUCCUUGACCAAUGGCGGUUAUUACAAAUGAAGAACUAAAAGAGCCAUCUUUGACUGUCUUAAAUUAGUGCAAAAAAAAUCCUUUAUUGUGUUAAGUUAAAAAAGUUAAAUACAAAACUUUACAAGGCAGAUUUUCUAGCAAGAGAACAAAGUAAAUCCAAGAAAGCCUCAUUACAGACAACAGUAAGGAAACCAAUGAUCAAAAGCACAUAAUUCAUCAUCUACUGUUGAUAAAUAUGUUAUUACAAUAUUAAUUAUUCAAACUAAGUAUUUGUAAGGGCUUCAAAGAAAAACUAUACUGAAGACAAUACGCACACAUCAUAUUAAAUCCGUAUGAAUGAAUAAAUUGAGUUGUCAUUUACGAAAUGCACAGUCAAAGUAAGACGACUCGGUCGUUCUACUUAACCACAUAUCAAUAUUUGUGGCAUAAUACUCCACAGCUCUGCAUCAUUUUCAGACUUUUCCCCAAACUUUUUCGUCAUGCAAAUACUUGUGGUGAUUUUUCAAGUGCCGGUAUAAAUUGUUUCCGCUGGAUGCUGCAACUUUAGCGCCCGAAAUACUCACCGACGUGCUGUUUAUAUUGGGGAUUAAAUGCCGUAACUCCGCUUCUAGUCCAGCUGAAGCCAUUUCACAAAUUAAGGAGCAGGUGGAGCAGGUUAUACUGAUUAGUGAGUUUGGCAUGUAUGUGUAAAACAGUUGACACAGCAGCCUUACUCUACAUGUUCCAGGACUGAGAGGAAACUAAUGAACACGGUUUGUUUUUUCGUUUCAUCGUUUGAUUUUCUCACCGUAACUACUUUUUUUUUUUUUAAGUCACAAUACUGUAUACUGACUUUUAUGUCAAUGCACUGGAAUCAAGAAGCAAAACGUCAGGAAUCGCUACUGUGAAGAGGAAAUAUAACAUUUUUUUUAUAACUAUCAUGUUUGUGCUUUAAUGAUCAGAUGGUAAUGUUGAAUUUUUCUAAUGCUCAAACCCCCAGUGAAUAUUUUCCAAAGAUGUUUGAUAAUGAAGAUACCUUGAAGAUUUACUCCAACAGAAAGAUGAAAAACUGUCGGCUUGACUGUGAGUAAAAGUUUGACAGCACGUUAACAGCUACUCAUUAAGGUACAUUUGCAGCAGCUGUAAACUCACGAGUCUGAGGGUACUAAUAUUUUAAAGGACCACACCAGUGUUUGUGAGAUUUCAGCUCCUUAACUAAAGAUAAUGUGUGUUUAAAAGUAUUUACACUAAAACACAAUAGCUUGUUUUUGCAAAGGAGAUGCCUGUGAUCAUAUUGUCUGUGAUUUCAAUGGGCAAAAAUGCACAAGUUUGCUGGUGUUGUGCUUUAAAUAGGCGGAGAUGCAGAAUUAUUGAACAAUACCUAAACUUUUGUUCCAGUCAAAAUAAAUUGAUCUGAGGCCAGUUGUGACCAUUAAUGUAACCGUGUGUAUAAACCUAUUAAAAGAGUG